UUGGUUUGGCUCUGCGCGCUUCGCGUUGGUAGUCGUUGCCGCGUCCGCAGUCGCAGCUCCUUGCGCCCCCGCUCCGGUCAGUGGUGUAACCGGACCAGCACCAUGUCGCUCUCUCGGUCGGAGGAGAUGCAUAGGCUCACGGAAAAUGUCUACAAGACCAUCAUGGAGCAGUUCAACCCCAGCCUGCGGAACUUCAUCGCCAUGGGCAAGAACUACGAGAAGGCGCUGGCAGGUGUGACGUAUGCUGCCAAAGGCUAUUUCGAUGCCCUGGUGAAGAUGGGCGAGCUGGCUAGCGAGAGCCAGGGCUCCAAAGAACUCGGGGACGUUCUCUUCCAGAUGGCCGAAGUCCACAGGCAGAUUCAAAAUCAAUUGGAGGAAAUGCUGAAGUCUUUUCACAACGAGCUGCUAACGCAGCUGGAGCAGAAGGUGGAGCUGGACUCCAGGUACCUGAGCGCUGCGCUGAAGAAAUACCAGACGGAGCAAAGGAGCAAAGGUGAUGCACUGGACAAGUGCCAGGCCGAGCUGAAGAAACUCCGCAAGAAGAGCCAAGGGAGCAAAAACCCCCAGAAGUACUCGGACAAGGAGCUGCAGUACAUCGACGCCAUCGGCAACAAGCAGGGGGAGCUGGAGAGCUACGUGUCCGACGGCUACAAGACUGCUCUCACUGAGGAGAGGAGGAGGUUCUGCUUCCUGGUGGAGAAGCAGUGUGCCGUGGCCAAGAACUCCGCCGCCUACCACUCCAAGGGCAAGGAGCUGCUGGCACAGAAGCUGCCGCUGUGGCAGCAGGCCUGUGCCGACCCCAACAAGAUCCCAGACCGCGCCGUGCAGCUGAUGCAGCAGAUGGCCAGCAGCAAUGGGUCUAUACUCCCCAGCGGCCUGUCGGCCUCCAAGUCCAACCUGGUCAUCUCAGACCCCAUUCCGGGCGCCAAGCCCCUGCCGGUGCCCCCUGAGCUGGCCCCGUUUGUGGGGCGGUUGUCUGCCCAGGAGAACACGCCGGUCAUGAAUGGCGUCUCAGGCCCCGACAACGAGGACUACAACCCCUGGGCUGACCGCAAGGCCGCCCAGCCCAAGUCCACAUCUCCUCCGCAGUCUCAGAGCAAGCUGAGCGACUCCUACUCCAACACGCUUCCUGUGCGCAAGAGUGUGGCCCCCAAGAACAGCUACGCCACCACCGAGAACAAGACCCUGCCCCGCUCGAGCUCCAUGGCAGCUGGUCUGGAGCGCAAUGGCCGCAUGCGGGUGAAGGCCAUUUUCUCCCACGCGGCUGGGGACAACAGCACCCUACUGAGUUUCAAGGAGGGCGACUUCAUCACCCUGCUGGUGCCUGAGGCCCGUGACGGUUGGCACUACGGCGAGAGCGAGAAGACCAAGAUGCGGGGCUGGUUUCCCUUCUCCUAUACCCGGGUCCUGGACGGCGACGGCGGUGACAGAUUGCACAUGAGCCUGCAGCAGGGGAAGAGCAGCAGCACGGGCAACCUCCUGGACAAGGAAGACCUGGCGCUCCCGCCCCCCGACUACGGCACAUCGUCCCGGGCCUUCCCCGCCCAGACGGCCGGCCCUUUCAAGCAGAGGCCCUACAGCGUGGCCAUGCCUGCCUUCUCCCAGGGUUUGGAUGAUUACGGAGCACGGGCCGUGAGCAGUGCCGAUGUGGAAGUGGCCAGAUUUUGAGCGGCCCCUGACUAGAGUUAGAAUCCCUUCGCCAGCGUCCAGCUGAAGCCGACGGUGACCAAUGACAGGUCUGCCCCACUCCUCAGCUGACGGCCACAUCUGCACCCACUGCCUGUGGGGCUCCUCCUCCCACACCCUGACCUGUAACCUGUUUUGUUACAAUCUGCUUGCUCCCCAUUUAGAGAAUUGUCUCCUUCCAAGCCCUUCUGCCCCCACCUCAAUCUGGCCUGGGCUGGACCCCGGCUGUUCCUACAGGGUCAGGAGGUGGCAUGGCCGUGGCCAAGGAGAGUGAGGGGAGCAGGAACCUGCUGCCUGGGCUGGGCGGCCAACCUUUUGAAUCAGGCCCAUCUGUCGUGUGGGCCAGGGAGCCCCCAAGGUGCAGGGAGGGCCAUCGCAUCAGCUUGUAGCUGUAAGGGGAGCCCCUGUCUGGUCAGUAAUGAGGCCGCCCACCUGUAGUACGGGCCUGCGGCAGCGAUGCAGGGGCGAGGGGGGGGGGGGAGAGCGAGGCCGGCCUCCCUGCCUUGGAUUUAGUACGAGCACAACUUCCUGGCAGACCCCUGACUGGGGCUUUGCUGGGUCUCCCCCCUGCCACUGGCAGUUUUGUGGGCCUCUCUGUCCCAGUUUCUCCCUGCCCACACCCUAACUCCCACCCAGAACUGGCUGCAGGGCCCCCAGCUCUCCUCCCUGUCCCCAGGGUGGUCGGUGCUGUGGCCUGGCUCCCCAAGCUGUGUGCCAUUGAGGGGGCCUACCCCAGGAUUCCUGGGUGGGCCCCCUCAAUGCUCUGGCUGUUUCCAUAUUUCAGCUGAAAUAUAAGAUUUUAGAAGCUAUCGGAUCCGUGCUGUUUGACAUUUAAGGCUGAAAUACAGCCGUGCUAAUAACCACGUUGGUGACAGCAGUCCUUACCUCAGGAGACGUUCAGUUCCGGGCAGCGUUCGCUUGCUCCUCCCAGACCCUCCCAGGAGGGGCUCUGCGCACAGCCCAGAACACGAAGCACAGGGGGUGGGGCCCCAGAGGCUCUCACCUUGCAGAAGCUGGAGGCAGGCCAGGUGAGGCGAGGCAGGGUCACAGGGCAGAUGUUUGCGGGUGGAGGGGCACAGAAGCCCCACCUCCUCACAACCCACCUUGCUCCCAGCUCACCGCCCCCUCACCCGGCCUCCCCGUGCUGAGGGACAGGGGCCACCCCUGGAGAGGCAGGAGGAAGAGCUUCCCGGAGAGGUUCCCUCUCACCCUUACCUAGGUAGGGCCAGCUUCCAGGCAGGAAGUGAGGGCUGCAGGCGUCAGUCCGCUGGCCCUGUUCUGGGAAGACACCCCAACCUGGGCACCCUAGGGGCCCAAGGUCACUGUGUCCCUCCACCAAGGUGUGCCAAGGACAGCUAGAGGAAGGGGUGGUCUCCCUCCUGCAUCCCCCAGUGGUCAGAAGGGACUAUAGGGACCCCACCCCAGCACAGCCCAUGCCCCCUCCUGCCCAAGGCUUUAUCUGCAGACUCCGAAAGAAAACACGCUUAGCAUGAAGGCUUUUUUCCUUAGUUUGAUUUCUCUUAAAAAACAGACAAGAAAGGAACAAGACGAUCAUUGUACCAGCAUCAUAAGCCUCAAAUAAACAAAAAAAAACAAAUUCAAAACAAGUCCCCACCCACACCCCCACCCCAAAAGCAACAAUAAAUUUUAUGUCUCUUUGGCAACAAUA